AUGCGCCGCACAGCAUUGCGGGCCGUGGAGUCUGUGAAGCCACUGACACGAGCUCCUCGCGCCGUGUCAAGAAGCUUCUCUACCGUCAAUGAGUCGGCUAAGGACCCUGCCGAGUUAGAACAAAUCACCACACUCCCCAAUGGAGUUCGCGUUGCUACAGAAUCAUUACCGGGUCCCUUCUCUGGUGUCGGUGUCUACGUCGAUGCCGGAUCCCGUUACGAAGAUGCUAGCCUCCGCGGAGUCAGCCAUAUUAUGGACCGCCUAGCAUUCAAGUCCACCAAGGCGCGCAGCGGCGACGAAAUGCUUGAGGUUCUCGAAUCCCUCGGCGGCAACAUCCAGUGCGCUUCAUCUAGGGAGUCACUGAUGUACCAAUCUGCCAGUUUCAAUUCGGCCGUUCCUACCACAAUUGGGCUGCUCGCAGAGACUAUUCGUGACCCCCUCAUCACCGAAGAGGAGGUUCUCCAACAGCUUGCCACGGCAGAGUAUGAGAUCGGCGAGAUCUGGGCGAAGCCGGAACUCAUUCUGCCAGAGUUGGUGCACAUGACCGCAUACCGGGACAACACCCUUGGAAACCCACUGUUGUGCCCGGAGGAACGAUUAGGUGAAAUCAAUAAGGCAGUUGUGGAGCGUUACAGGGAGCUAUUUUACAACCCAGACCGGAUGGUGGUUGCAUUUGCCGGAGUUCCUCAUGCGGAGGCUGUUCGGCUCACAGAGCAGUACUUUGGCGACAUGAAGCCCAAAGAUCUCGGCAAGACCAAGGGCCCUGUACUUUCGGGCAGUGGGGUCGAAACCACAUUGUCUGAUGACCCAGAGGCCGCUCACGAAGGCCAGGUGCCGACCGUCCCCUCGUUCACACCCUCAUCAACAAUCAGCAGCCCGGCUGCUACCCCCAAAACACAAUCGUCGCUCUUGUCGAAGCUUCCUUUCCUUAAGAAUCUCUCUGCCAAGGGUCAUUCCCCGGUCGAGCCUCUCCCCUCCUCCUUGCUCAAUCCAUCCACUCUAGACCUUCGCCAACCUGCUCACUACACGGGUGGCUUCACUGCCCUCCCCCCGAUUCCUCCUCCAGCAAGCCCCAUGCUUCCCCGCCUGAGCCACAUCCACCUUGCAUUCGAGGCUCUCCCCAUCUCCUCGCCCGAUAUCUACGCUCUCGCUACCCUCCAGACACUCCUCGGUGGCGGUGGUUCAUUCUCGGCUGGUGGUCCCGGCAAGGGUAUGUACUCGCGACUCUACACUAACGUGUUGAACCAACACGGUUGGGUCGAGAGCUGCAUUGCUUUCAACCACAGCUACACGGAUAGCGGAAUCUUCGGAAUUUCUUCAUCUUGCAGCCCGACCCGGGUAGCAGAGAUGCUCGAGGUUAUGUGCCGUGAACUGCAGUCCCUGACCUUGGACACCGGCUACAGCGCAUUGCAAGCGCAGGAAGUCAACCGUGCGAAGAACCAGCUUCGUUCAUCGCUGCUCAUGAACCUGGAAUCUCGGAUGGUUGAGCUUGAGGAUCUUGGACGCCAGGUGCAAGUCCAUGGCCGCAAGGUCAGUGUCCGGGAGAUGUGCGAGCAGAUCGAGCGCCUUACCGUUGAGGAUCUCCGUCGUGUUGCUCGCCAGGUCUUCGGUGGCCAGGUCCACAAUAAGGGCCAGGGCACUGGUAAGCCUACGGUUGUGCUGCAGGAGGGUGAGCUGGAAGGCUACAAGCUCCGGUCUUUCCCCUGGGAGGAGAUGCAAGAACGCAUUUCCCGGUGGCAGCUUGGUCGGAGGUAA